AUGAAACCACUCCUCAUCACAGAAGACAAGGAGAUGAACCACCCUCCUCCUCAACAGAAGACCAAUGAGCAUGAACCACCUCUCAUCAACAGAGACCAAGGAGAUGAAACCUCCUCCUCAUCAACAGAAGACAGGGAUGAACACCUCUCAUCAACAGAGACAAGGGAUGAACAACCUUUCAUCACAGAAGGACAAGGAGAUGGAACCACAUCCUCAUCAACAGAAGUCCAAGGAGAUGAACCACCGCCUCCAUCAACAGAAGGACAAGGAGAAGUACCACCUCUCAUCAACGAUGACCAGGAGAGAACCACUCCUCAUCAACAGAAGACCAAGGAGAUGAAACCACCUCUCAUCAACAGAAGACCACGGAGAGGAACCACCUUCUCAUCAACAGAAGGCCAAGGAGAAGAACCACCUCCCUCAUCAACGUGA